AUGCGACUUGCAGGAGGUGAAAAUGGCGGGAAAGCGAGAAAUUGUCGAGUCCUGCGUCGAGUCCUAGCUCGAAGUCCUGGCUCGAGUUCCUGGCUCGAGUUCCUGGCUCGGGUCCUGGCUGGGUAUAUAGGCAUCCUCAGAAAGCCGGUUUUUCUGCCUUAGAAAUAGUUCAAUCGCCCAAGGUCUUUGGAAAUGUUAAUUAACCUUAUAAGUUCCAAAUUCCCUAUGGUGUAUGUGGUAAACAACUCUUGUUCUUGGUACCUUGCUACAUAGGCACGUGCAGUAAGAAAAUUCAAUCAGAAAUAAUUAUUCAAAUCAGAACGUUGCUCCUUCCCACAUUCAAAAGUAGUGUAGCUUUGGUUGAGAAAGCUGACGAAAGUUGCUCAUGGAUCAUGAAAGAGAAACAAGACACUCUCGCAUAAACUGACAAUCCGUCUUUCCCAGCAUCACUACAAGAAAGCUAACUGUGGAAACAUUCUGAGAUGUUAAAACCAGCGCCUGAGGUAAAUAACUUGUUAACCGAAGUUAUAGUCACAUAUGUAUUCCGUCAAGUCAAACUUUAAAAUUAAGUCAUUUCGUUGUCGAAUAUUCUUGUUUUAAAGUUUCUUCUUUUCUCAGAGGAGAAAAAGCAAGUAGAAAUGUAAACCAAUGCUCAAGCAAAAUUAGACCAUGAUUUGGAAAGCCCUCCGUAGUACAUGGUCGUACACGUGGCUGUUACCAAUUAAAAAUACACGCAAAACUUAGUGGAGACCUCAAUGUUAGAUAAAGUGGCCCAGCAAAUUACGUCUUUCUUUUUUUCCAUUAUUUUGGUUAUUAAGAAAAAAAUUUGCAGUAUCGACAAAUUUGAUUUAUUUUUUUUCUCUGUGUACAACAGCGAGAUUUUGACGGAGAUAACAUCACAAAAUUAGGCUACCGCACCUUUAAAUAGAGAUGGAACUGACCUCAGUACUACGAAAAGCCUCGAAGUAAAUUGCAAAAGAUGUUUAUUUAUUUAUUUAAAAAGCAGUUUAUAUUUAACAGAAUAAAGAUGAAAGAGGCCGUGCUUGUCAAAGUGUUGAUGGGGCAAUUUCGAACAACUUUUUUGUAAACUGCUACUCGGUAUUUGCCUUUAUUAAACAGGUUCGAAUAACUGAAAUUUAUUGAGGUAAUUAACAGCUUUAAUUUCUUACUAUGAUGUUGAAGAUUGCAGUUUUCGAUACUUGUUAUGAAUGGAAAAGAUUCGCAAAGAUCGUCACCAGAGACACAUCCAUGAUGUAACUUCAUCGCUCGAGAUCUCUCGCGUUAACUCUCGGGUGAAUAGAUUGCGAUAGAGGCUGUAUUGUUACUAUGAUGUUGAACAUUGCAAAUUAAUGAUACUUAUUAGAAAUGGAAAAGAUUGGCAAAGAUCGUCAUCAGAGCCACACCACAACUGAUAUAACUACAUCACGCGGGACCUCUCGCGUAAAUAGAUUGCGAUAGAACCUGAAUGGUAACUAUGUGAUGUUGAACAUUGCAAAUUAAUGAGACUUAUUAGGAAUGGAAAAGAUUGGCAAAGAUGGUCGUCAGAACCACACCUCGUAUGGUAUAACUACAUUCCGCUCGACCUCUCUGUAAUAUCUCGCUUAGAUAGAUUGCGACAGAGUCUGUGUGGUUACCAAGAUGUUUGACAUCGGAAUUAAAAGAGUCGCAGCAAUUGUCACUGGAUAUAUUUUCUUGGGUUUUGCUAACCUUUUUAGGUUUAAAACCGCAGGCUUUUCAAAGUUGCAAAUGAAUUUAAAAAUAAAGUAUUUCCGAAUUGUUUCUCUGUUUAUCUUUUACUUAGCUGUCUGAAACUGAAUUGAGCCAUGUUUUACUACUAUUAACUCAGCUUCUUGUCUUUCAAUUUUCAGCCGUCAGACCAGACCAUCUUCCUCAGGCACACCUCCAGAUUAGACCAUGAAAGCAGUCGAUCAGACCACCACACCAGACAAUCAGAUCAGAACCUAGAUCAGACCACCACAUCCGAAUACCACAAAAGACCAUCGUCACGACCCGACCGCCAAAUCAGAUCAUCAGAUCGCAUCACCAACGACAAUCCAGACUACCAGAUCAGAUCACCCCACCAGACCACAGGACACCAUAUUUGA